GGCGACUCCAGUGCAACCUGAUGCGCGUCUUUUGGAUUCUCUUCCUGUAUGAAUCGGAGAAGACCAAGAGGAACAUUAGCCUGUCACUGUAGUAUGGGUGUUUAUAAAAGUUCUUAGAAUGGCGUAAGAAUAAAGAAUACAACAUGGUUAGAUCGGGGGUGUGCUGUGCCAACCUGGACGAUGACAAGGCCCUGAUGAAGAUGGGCCUGGGGCUGGUGCUGGUUGGCCAUGUCAACUUCCUAUUGGGGGCGCUAGUGCACGGCGCCGUGCUCAGGCAUGUCAACUUGCACGUCGAGGCUCGCACCAUGGAGUACGCCAUCUCCAACGUAAUAGCGUUGGUAUCAGGCCUCAUGGCUAUCAUUGUUGGAAUCUCAGCAAUAGUCCUAUCAAAAAACAGGAAAAACAAGCCUUUGAAAUGGUUCCUGUUUGUGGUCAGUAUAUUGGCAGCUCUCCUGUCCACGGCCUCCACCGUGGGGCUGAGUGUGUCCAUAAUCAUGACCAUCAUAAAUGGAGGCUGGGGCCUGCUGAAAUCCUGCGAUGAACUCCCCAUCAACUACUUCAGCAUCACUACAGAAUGCCGGUUUGAUCCCACAAGGGUCUAUGGAACAACUAUAAUUCUGUGGGCUCCUCUGAUCCUGAUGCUGGUAGUGGAGACUGUGUUCUGUGGGCGCUGCUUUUUCGCCUGCAUCUCCUACUUGCGCCUCUCCUGUCCCUGGCGCAGAAGGAAGAAGAUCAUCAACACCAGGAGGGUGCGUAUAAAGAGCCCAACGGACCUGGAGUCCACAUCUAGCCAGAGACAGUCAGAAGCAGAGCCCGCUGAACAACACGAACUGCUCAGAUUCAACACUCCUACUCCUGGAACAAUCUGAGCCACUGGGUGGUGCUAGAGAUACAAAAACUCUUAUCUAUGCUAUGGUAAUAGCCUGCUGCCACACAAAUGUCCACAAACACUGCCUCAGGUCUACCACUGGAUUAUUCAAAGGUCCCUUUAUUAAAGAGACAUUUGUUCAUAUCAAAACUAGGGGAAAAGGUUACUGAUAUAUAUUAUUGUUUUUUUUUCUUCAAAAAAUAAUUGUUUCUAGUGUAUCUUGAUGUGUAAAUUUCUGACUAUGACCAUAGAUUAAAUUAUUGCAUCCAAGUAGUGAUUGCUGAGUGAUUUUCGACCACAUUUUCAAACUUACUAUGUUCCAUUUCACAUUCGAAAUUCAGUGUCUUUUAUGAGUUUGACACAUAUAGAUAAUUUGUUAAAUGAUACUGUACAGUAUAUUGGGAAUGACAUGUAAUUUAUGUUAAGUAUGUUUGCUUGCUUCUAGAGUACGUUUAUUCUGACAGUGUUUUGGUAAACAUGUUUUUUAAUAUAG